AAAAGUCAAUUAGCAGAUGGAAGGAUUGCAUCAUGCUCCAUUUGCACUGAUGCAACUCGGGACUGUUUUUAUUAAUUCUCCUUUUCAAAGUCAGGACUAAACAAAUAAAUCACUUCCUACAAGGAAAAAAAAAAUUUUUUUAAGCCACAUCUCACAGAUCACGGCUUCUGGAAGGGCCUGCACGCUGCGCAGCGGGUGUAUUCCAGUUUAUUUACAAAGAAUGCACAGAUCAAUGUCCAGUGACCUUGGGGCAUUGCUGAGGACAGGAUGUUAACAAAGUAGAUUUUUAACAGAUUUAAUUGCAGGCAGUAUCUCAGAAAAAAAAAAUAUUUCUCUCCGUGGCUUUAAAGAAAAGAGCUGCCUACCUGACCUGAAAUGACAAAGAUACCACAGUUGGUGGCCCUGCUGCAGAGGGGAAGGUGUCAAGGUCAACACCCCGCCGUGUGACUCAUUUUCUCUGUCCCUCUGAACUUACCCAGCUACGUCUGCUGGAUUGCGAAUGGUCACUCAGCCCCAAUGGCGUUUCAGGAUCUCUUGGAUCAAGUGGGCAGCUGGGGAAGAUUCCAGAUCCUGCAGAUGAUUUUCCUCAUGAUCUGCAAUGUCGCGGUGUAUCCUCACAUCCUAUUGGAGAACUUCACUGCCGCCGUCCCUGGGCAUCGCUGCUGGGUCCCCCUCCUGGACAACCACACGGCCUCUGGCAAUGACUCUGACAUCCUCAGCCAAGACGCCCUCCUGAGAGUCUCCAUCCCGCUGGACGCAAACCUGAGGCCAGAGAAGUGCCGUCGCUUCACCCAUCCCCAGUGGCAGCUCCUUCAUCUGAACGGGACCUCCCCGAGCACGAAUGAGCCGGACACAGAGCCCUGUGUGGACGGCUGGGUGUACGACCACAACUCCUUCGUCUCCACCACCGUGAUGCAGUGGGACCUGGUUUGUGACUCUCAGUCACUGAAUUCAGUGUCUAAAUUCCUAUUCAUGGCCGGAAUGGUAGUGGGAAGCAUCGUAUUUGGCCAUUUGACAGACAGGUAUGGGAGGAGAUUAAUACUCAUAUGGUGUUUAUUACAAAUCGCCGCCGCUGACACCUGUGCGGCCUUUGCUCCCACCUUCUUUGUGUACUGCAUUCUACGCUUCUUGUCUGGGAUGUCUACUGCAGCGAUCCUAGCAAACAAUUCCAUGCUUAUCAUAGAAUGGACAGUGCCCCAGUUCCAAGCCACGGGAAUGACACUGGCAGUGUCUGCUGCUAGUAUUGGACAGAUAAUAUUGGGAGGUCUGGCUUUUGCUGUUCGAAACUGGUGCACCCUCCAACUAGUGAUGUCUGUGCCAAUAUUUUUAUUAUUUAUAAUUUCAAGAUGGGUACUGGAGUCUGCUCGGUGGCUGAUUAUCAACAACAAACCCCAGGAGGGCUUAAAGGAACUUAGAAAAGCUGCCCGUAGGAAUGGAGUGAAGAAUGCGGAGGACAUCCUAACCAUGGAGGUUCUGAAUUCUGCUAUGCAGGAGGAGCUGGAGACGGCACAGAAAAAGCCUUCUGCACGUGACUUGUUCCGCUCACCCAACCUGCGGAAACGAAUCUGUUUGAUGUCCUUCGUGAGAUUUGCAACGUUCAUGCACCUUUUUGGCCUGAGCCUCCACCUCCAGCACUUGGGGAGCAAUGUUUUCUUGUUCCAGGUUCUCUUUGGUGCAGUCACCCUUCCUGCCAAUUAUGUCGCACUUUUGUCACUGAAUCACAUGGGCCGUCGAAUCAGUCAAUUGCUUCUCAUGUUCCUGGUGGGACUCUGCAUUCUGGCCCUCAUAUUUGUACCUCAAGAAACCCAGACCGUGCGUGUGGUUGUGGCAACAUUGGGAGGAGGACUUUCUUUCGCCUCUCUUACCAGUUCUCUUGCCCAUGGAAAUGAGCUAAUCCCCACCAUAAUCAGGGCAACAGUUGCCGGAAUCGCUGGAAUUGCGGGCAGUCUCGGGUCUUCCCUGGCUCCCCUCUUGAUGAUCCUCACCGUGUACUAUGCACCCUCACCCUGGAUCAUCUACGGAGGCUGCUCCAUCCUCGCUGGCCUUGUUGUCCUCCUCCUCCCUGAGACCAGGAACCAGCCUUUGCCUGACUCCAUCCAGGAUGUGGAAGAUGAGAAAAACGUCUCAAGAAAAACAAAGCAGGAAGAGGCCUUCAUCAAAGUGACAAAGCUUUAAAGACUCCAAGGAGGAACCAGUGCUAUGUGUAAUGGGCUAAGCUUCUGCCUGCGGCGCCGGCACCCCGCAUGGGCAUGAGUUCAUGUCCUGGGUGCUCCUCUUCUGAUUCAGCUCUCUACUGACAGCCUGGGAAAGUCGUGGAAGUUGGCCCAAUUGCUUGAGCCCCUGUCUCCAUGUGGGAGACCCUGAAGAAGCUCUUGGCUCCUUGCUCCUGGCUUCGGAUCGGCCCAGCUCUUGCUGUUAUGGCCAUUUGGAGAGUGAACCAGAGGACUGAAGACCUCUCUCUCUGUCUUUCUCUCUGUCUGUAACUCCACCUCUCAAAUAAAUAAAUAUUUUUUAAAAUUAAAAAAACAAUAAAUACUCCAAAGGAACUGACUGUUAAUUAGAGCAAGAUAAAAAAAAAUCAAGAUAUUUUCUACAUGCUAACAAAAUUUGGAAGAUAAAUGUCAUGAAAAAUGGAUGCCAUUUAUAAUUAUGCUAAUUAAUAAACAUAAAACACAUGCAAAUAAUUGUAAUAGAAGUUUAAAGAUAAUUGUAAUACUUUAAAAGGAAUCAUGGUGCAUAGCAUGCUUAGGGUAAGAAAAUUAAAUAGUUUUUAAAAAUUAAUUCUUCCCCCAAUUAGCUAAUAAAGUCAUUGGUGGAGUACUUACAAUGAAAAGUCCGUAAGUUUACAAGAACUUGAAAGAUAGCUCUAAAUUCAUAUGGAAAUUGGGUGUAAGAAAGAUGAUUUGGAGAAAAGAGGGUCAUGGAUGAAGGCUGGGCUGGAUGCUAUAGGGAGAGCAUCUGUAGGACUUUAUUUUGAGCUGUGAUAGUCAAAACGAUAAUAAACAGAUGCAGUGGGGAGUAGGAAAUCAAAAGAAACCCAGUAGCAGACUUAGGAUUAUGUAUCUAUCUGCAUAAGUGGCCUCAAAUUUUUUUACAGUAAGAAAUGUCCCAGGGCCAGAGCUGUGGUGUAGAGGGUAAAGCCAUUGCCUGCAGUGCCAGCAUCCCAUAUGGGUGCCAGUUCAAAUCCUGACUGCUCCACUUCCCAUGAAGCUCUCUGCUAUGGCCUGGGACAGCAGUGGAAGAUGGCCCAAGUCCUUGGGCCCCUGCACCCACAUGGGAGACCCAGAGGGAGCGCCUGGCUCCUGGCUUCGAAUCAGCACAGCUCUGGCUGUUGCAGCCAUCUGGGGAGUGAACCAGCGGAUGGACAAUCUUUCUCUCUCUCUCUCUCUCUCUCUCUCUCUCUGCCUCUCCUUCUUUCUCUGUGUAACUCUGACUUUAAAGUAAAUAAAUAAAUCUUUUUAAAAAAGAAAUUUCCCAAUAAAUUUAUUUAUAACUUUU